AUGUCCGCCGUUGAUCAGGUUCAACUCAACGACUUCCUCGACAUCUUUUCCGUCGAGGGAAAGGUUGCUGUCGUGACUGGUGGUUCGCGUGGGCUAGGAUUGCAUGCAGCUUCUGGGCUCCUUCAGGCCGGCUGCUCGAAGGUGUACAUCACAUCCCGCAAGACGGUAGCUUGCGAAGAUGCCGUCACAGCUCUCAAUGCCCUUCCCAACAAGCGACCCGGCGCUCAGGCUAUCUCCGUACCAGCUGACAGCUCGCGCAUGAACGAGCUCGACCGUCUAGUUGCGGAAGUGCGCAAAACAACUGACCACGUCGAUAUCUUGUUCGCGAAUGCUGGUGCGUCCUGGGGCGAGAAGUUUGACACUCAUCCAGAAGCAGCCUUCUCCAGGGUUAUGGACUUGAAUGUCAAGAGCGUAUUUUACACAAUUCAGAAAUUCACGCCUCUCCUCACUGCAAAGGCGACCCGCGAUGAGCCCUCGCGAGUGGUCAUUACUGCUUCUAUUGCAGGUAUUGGCGUCGGCACUGUUGGGGAGAACGCGACGCCGAGCUAUUCCGCUUCUAAGGCAGCUGCAAUUCACCUGGCGAAGAACUUGGCGGUUGAGCUAGGCCCGCGCCAUAUCCUGACCAAUGCCAUUGCCCCAGGCUUCUAUCCAUCCAAGAUGGCCAGUGGCCUAAUUGAACUAAAGGGCGGAUUGAAGCAUUUUCAGGAGUGCUCGCCUAAUGGUCGCCUGGGUCGUCCAGAAGAUAUUGCCGGUCUGGUUGUGUUUUUGAGUUCUCGGGCUUCGAGCCAUUUGAACGGAGCUGUCAUUGCGACGGAUGGUGGUGCGGUACUUAAUGGGCGGCUGUAA